GCCCUUCUCCGAGUUCCUCGUCUGUUCAGUGGGGACUGAGCGUCCCGCCGCGCGGAAACUGGGAAGUGAAGCGUUCGCGGGACUCGAAACCCAGGCUCGAGCAGAAGGGCCCGCAGUCCGGCAGCCUGAGCAGUCCUAGGGCAGAAGAUGGCCAAGGAAAGAUGUCUCAAAAAGUCUUUUCAAGAUAGUCUUGAAGACAUAAAGAAACAAAUAAAAGAGAAAAGGAGUAAAAAUCUGACAGAGAUUAAACGAAAGUCUUUGAUCAUUGCACCAUGCCAAACGACCACCAACACUUCCAAAGUGCUAAACUAUGAAGACAACAACAGAAUGUUAGCCUUAGCUUUGGAAAAUGAAAAGUCCAAAUUGAAAGAAGCCCACGAUGUCAUCUUAAAGCUGAGGAGAGAAUGUUACUUCCUCAGUUAUCAGCUAUACACACUGAAAAAUAAACUUACGUCACAACAGACAGAAGAACCUGCUCAGAACCUAGAAUUAUGUCCCUCUGGAAUGGACUCCAAAAGUGGAACGGACUCCAAUAGUGACAACAACUCCAGAGACUUGUUUGUGAAGCAUUUACCGCAAGUUCUUGAGGAUGCUGACUGUCCAGGACAAGAAGAAUCAUUCCAAGUAGAAGAGCCAAUACCUACUAUUUCUCAAGACAGACCGGGAUUUGAUUUGGAUUCAAGUGAAGAUAAGUCAACUGAUAUUGUCUUACCUAGAACUAUAUCUCUCCGUCGUGGAUUAAAGAAAUACAUUAACAGUCCAUGUCAGAUUACUGCUGUGGAUGAUUUUGGAAUCAGUCAUUUGUCAGAGGACUCUUUGGAACUAGAAAGGAUUAGAUUUGCAGACCCACCUAUAAGCACAUGGAUACCUGAAAAUAUAGAACAAAGUGUUUGUCGGUACAACAGAAGUCAAAUUUACUCAUCACCAAGGCUGAUUCACCCAGGACAAGCUACUAAAACAAAGAAAGACGUUUAUGACUAUAAAUCACAGCAAACUAAGCACAGAGGUGCCAAAGAAAGAAAAGGAAAAGAGAAAGCUAACAAAAGGGGAAAAUCAAAAUCUGUAUCAAAGUAUAAAGGGAGCAAAAGUGAAAAUAAAACUGUUUCCAAAAAAAAGUUGAAUGAAGUUGUCACCUCCUGUGAUGCUUACAAUUUUAAUUUGGAAGAAGGUGUUCACCUCACUCCUUUUCGGCAAAAAGUGUGCAAUGAUGCUAAAAGAGAAGAAACCAACAAUGAAUCUGAAGUGAGCAUCUGUGAAUCAAGCUGUUCAGGAGAUGAUUCUGAUGACCUCUAUGUUCCCACAUGCAAGUCCAGUCCAGAUCUCAGCAGUGAAUCAACUAGGAGUCCUGUCCCCAGGCCUCGACCUAAGCGAGCACUGAGACAUAGGGGCGGAAAGGAGACGGAGGGCUCUGAGACGAGGGAAGCUCCUCCUGGUGCACUACUUGAAACUCACCAGUCACCUCAUUUUAGCCUGAAGGAUAUCACGAAUGUCCCUUUGUAUCCUGUGAUGAAAACCAGAAAGCUUUCUCUUUCUCCAAAAAAGAGUGUAGAAAGCCCACCAGUGUCUUUACGUAAACGCAGGUGCACAGCCGCCAUCGUGAACUAUAAGGAACCCACGCUUGCUUCGAAACUGAGAAGAGGGGACCCUUUUACAGAUUUGUGUUUCUUGAAUUCGCCUAUUUUCAAGCAGAAAAAAGAUUCCAGGCACUGUUCUAAAAAAAAAUAAGUGUGAAGCAAGUACAAUAAAGCCUGUGUUAGAUGCUGUUGAAAUUCAUCCUACACCCGCUUCUGUGGCGCCAAGAGGGAAUCUGUAAAAUAGUAUUCAAAUGGUUAAACUAUUGCCGUAGAAUAUUCUCUUGACAAGACUGUAGAUCAUGAGCAUGUCUUCAAAACUAUACUUCAGAAGUGAUGUGUCUUAAACCUUUGAUACAUUUGGUUUAUUUUUCUUCUAGCUAUAAAUAAUUGGACUGAAGCACUAUCAUAGUUUAGAUUUUUUUUAUAUUGCCUAAAACUUAAUUGAUGUAUCUUAUACCAACAUUGGGAAAUUAAUCAUGUUUCUUCAAAUUAAGAUGUUUUCAUUAUAAGGCAUCUUUUUUCCCUUAGGUGGCUAGUACUAUGAUUGAAUGAAUUUUUGAAGACACACUGAAGAUCUUCUGAAACUCUCUGUACAGUGUUUGAAUAAAAUGAAUCCUUGUCAUUCGCAGUAGAGCAUAUGCUAAGCUGUUUGUGGGUUCCUUAUACCAUCGCUGUAUUUGAUUUUUUCAGACAAAAUGUGUUCGAGAUUGUGAUUAGAGCACGAUGGUUGCUUAGGCUCAGGGACUGGGUAAGUGACUACCUCUGAACCCACAGCUCCACAUGAAAGUGAUACAUUAGCAUAAUCAAAUUAUUGCGUCAUGGCCUCUCAGAAUAGUUCCUUGUUUAGUCAGAAAUGCCAAAUGUUAAAUGUGUGAAAGCCAAGGCCUUUUUUAUGCAUUAGCUCAAAUUCCUAAGUCCAUGGCCAAGGGACACUGCCAGUGGCAGAAGUGAGGUGUGCUCAAACCGGAAGCCACAAAUUACCUCAAGUCAGGUCCUCAGGUGACGUGAAGCCAGUUUGCGACCCAGCCAACCUGGGACCCUGAUGUGGAGAGUAGACCGCGGCCCGAGCUGGAGUGGGUCUGGCCUGGUUUAACUGCUCCAGCCUGCCCGGGGAAGACCAGCUGCCUUGGGGUCUCUGCCUCUGCCUGUAAAUCCUGGUGUGACUUCAUUUCCUCAAAGUUCCUAAUUAAAGAAUAGAAUCUACCUUUCUAAGAAAAAAGUAAAUUCAGUGAGAAUUCAGUUCUGAGAGUUUGAAAUUUAUACUUUUAUAUACUUCUGUAAAUUUUGAUUCAUGUUUAAAGAGCAAUAAAGUUUGUAUAAGAUAG